AGUGUAACAUAACCUAACUUUUUUGUAGACUGCAUAUUUUGAUGGUCCUUUUUAGUGAAAAAAAGUUGUGUAAUUUUAUGAAAUAGUGAUAAAGAAUCAAAUAAAGUGACUUAAGAACAUCUUUUUGAUAUGGAGAAAAAGCUUCUUGCGAAGAAGAGGAAGGCUGUUCAGGAGAAAAAUGAUCAACAAAUUGCAACAUCCUGUCACAAUUUGGGAAAUUUCUACCAUGAAUCCGGACAGUAUGACAAGGCAUUGCAAGAGUACAGGGCUGAGGCGGAAAAAUGGAAAACUUUGGGGACUAGGAUAAAGUAUGGAAUUGCUCAUAGGAUGAUUGGAGAGAUGUUGAUGCUUCUUGGGGAUGUCAAUCAGUCCCUGAAGCAUGAACAGCAGUACUUGAAAAUUGCCCAGGAAGAGAAGGACAGUAUUGAGAUACAGAGGGCUUAUGCAACAAUUGGAAGGGCUUUUCUCCUGAAAGGGCAGAAUCUGACGGAGAAGGAGAGUAUCAAUGAGAGAGCAAAGGCACUGAAGGAGGCAGAAAAAGCCUUCCUUAAGAGUCUGUCCAUUUGUCGAGAACUUCCAGGUAAGAUCAGUAACACAGAAUUGCAGGAUAUGAUGGCAAGGUUAUACCUCAAUCUGAGUGUUACCAAAGAGAACUGCAGUGCUGAGAUUGAAAGGGCUCUGGAGUAUAUGACAAAGGCUAUAGCCAUCUGCAAGAGUCAUGAUCUCUAUGAGCUACUUCAUCAAUGUUACAUGUCCACGGGGCUUCUCUAUGAGGUCAAAAAGAAAGAUAUUGCAAAUUCUCUGAGGUAUCUCAAUUUAGCACUAGAUGUUGCACAGCGCCUCGAAGCACGGACUGUAAAAAUUUGUGAGACUCUCCUGAUGAAGAGUGAAGUUCUUAUCAAAUCCGGAGACUAUCAGAGCGCAAAGCAAACUUUGCACAGAGCCUACAAGCUCAAAUCACCAAAUGAGACAGAUAGAGAAACGAUAGAGCAGAAGCUGAGAGUUGUAGCAGCUCUCUGUUACACGGAAGACUCCCUGAUAACAGCCAAUUCGAUAGACUAUCGCAGGAAGAAGGAUUUGUAUGAGAAAAUGGGAGAUGGUUCGUGCAAACUUGAGAAUUAUGACAAGGCUUUGAGUUACUACCAGAAAAUGCUGGAAAAUGCUGAACUUAGUGGAGACAGUGGGAAGACUCUGAUUCCAAUCUACGUGAGUCUCUAUCAAACCUACAAAGACAAUAACAAUUACAAAGAAGCCUUGGAGUAUUCGUGGAAGGAGUAUGAAUUGUGCAAGGAUGUUCCCCAGGAAGCCUUCCUCACGCUCAUGAAUAUCGCUGAACUGUCUGAUUUGGCUGAGAUGAAGUUCUGGGAUGUAGAGAAAAUAUACCAGAGAGCUCGUAGAGAAGCUGAAAAGACUGGAAAUAAGAAAUCUGAAGCUCUAGUAGUUUCAAAAUUAUUACUACUCCAGAGGAAGCAUGAGAUGGAUUCUUUAGCUGAAUUACUCGAGAAGGAGGCUAAACUUUCCGGACUGGAUUUUGUGGCAGAAUCCGAUGAUGGCGAAGAAGUAGCUGAGGAUGACGAUAAUAUUCCUAGUAUUGGAGAUGACAUCUGCCUGGAAGAUCUAUCAGAUUCUGGAAGUGAAGAAGAUAGUGAAAUCCCAAUGGCUGUUGAGGAAAAACGACCAGUCCGGAAGAGAGUUGCCAAUGUUGUCAAGAGAAAUAACAAAGGUGAAACUCAAUUGCAUCAAGCAUGUAUCUCUGGGAAUAUUACUCUCACCCGGAGACUCCUGGAUCAGGGACAUCCGGUCAAUGUACGAGAUCACGCUGGAUGGCUUCCACUCCACGAAGCCUGCAUCCAUGGGCACAGAGAAAUCGUCGAGAUGUUGCUGGAGAAAAGUUGUGCAACAAUCAAUGAUCGUGGAGGAACUUCAUGCGAUGGCAUAACUCCCAUGCAUGAUGCCUGCUCCAAUGGUCAUCUGGACAUUGUGGAAUUUCUCCUGGACAAAGGUGCUAAUGCCUUGGUAAGGACAGAUUUUGGAGAUACUCCACUGGAGACUCUCAAAGUUUGGCGACAAACAACGAAGCUGGAUGAGAACCAAAGGAUGUUCUAUGAUACGAUAAUUCAGAGACUCACGAAACUCAUGGAAAAAGCUGGAGUGAAUCCCAGGGAGAAACCUAUGAAUACAAAUAGAAUUCGAGAGACUCUCGUAGAUGAGGAAGAAUCCAGAGAAAGCGGAAGUGAAAAUGAGGAUUCAUCAUCUCCUCCUCGUGUCUUCGGAAAACCCUGUAAAUCUCCAGAGGGAUCUUCCAAGCUUUACAAAAGUGUCAUUGAGAAUUUGAGGAAAAAACCUCAAAUUGACGAACCCAUGAAUGGAAUUACAGAGUCUAAGAAGAGAUCAGCAUAUCUAAAAGGAGACGAAGUUGGAGAUGAUUGGUUGGAAGAUGAUCUCUUGCCAAAUAAGAAGCGUAGGAAAUUUCACAAAGAAUCCAUAGACUUCUGGAGUGCAAGUGAAAAUAAAUCUCUCACUCCCAAACCAAAGGUAUCUAGUAGGCCGGUAGUUCCAGAAUCUGACAAUGAAAUGGAAGAAACUACAGAUUUUGUCGAUCUUGGACUAGAGCAGGAUAUUCCCCUUUCAAAUGGAAGCAAGUCUAGUAGUGAAAGUGCUAAAAUUUCAAAGAGAGUCACGCAAUCAUCUCUAUUAGAUGCUGGAUUUUCUAGACAACAAAUAGAUGUUGAUCUUGAUUUUCCCAUGAAUACUUCCCCAACGAAAUCCUCGAGAUCCUCAACGGGAAAGUCAAGUGUUCCGGUUAUUCUGCAUAAUAUGAUCUCCAUCAAAGUAAAAGUGGAUGAUCAACUAAUUGUGGUUCCGGUAAAUGCAGGAGAAGUGCCCAAUCUUCAGAUAAAAUGGCUAGCUGAUCGUGCAUCCAAGAGAUAUUACAAUCUUCAUGGUCGACGACCGGAGAUGCUUUUGACUACAACUGACGGUGCAGUAUUUGAUGAUCAAGAUCCCAUUUCUUUGGUAAUUGACAAUGAUCAGAAUCUCGUUCAUUCGUUGAUAAGCAAAUGGAAUGUUCUUUCUCUGGUGGAAAGCUAUAAAGAUGUGGCCAAACAGAUAGAGCAUGUGGAAAAUGUAAAAAUCCUCCAGGCACUGGAAGUGGCUGAGAGUUCAAAUGAACUAAAUCUCUCAGAUCUGGAUUUACCGUCGAAAGAAACUCGGGCUCUGUUCAAAGCUGUACAGCAUCAUGUCAAUUUAUCAACGAUAGACUUGGCCAACAAUGUCAUUGAAGAUGAAGGGCUAGUGUACUUUUGUCAAUCGCUGAGCUCUCUCAAGUAUCUCAGUGUUUUGAAUCUGAGCAGCAAUUUUCUCACGGAAAAUGGACUUUUGCGCCUGGCAAAUGUGCUACAAGAAGCUAAAGAUAUUUUUUUGCCGGAGUUGAGAGAUUUAUCAUUGAGCCACAAUCCUCUGGGAAAUGGGAGUAGAAAGUAUUUGGUGAGCAUCUGUGAGAAAUUGCCAAAAUUGAAGCAUCUGCAUCUCUCAGCAUGUGAUUUAACAGAAUUGGGAGAUUUCAAUUUUGGCUUUGAAAAGCUAGAGAGUCUCGAUUUGAGUUUUAAUUGUUUCAAGGAUAGUGAUGAAUUGAGGACAGUUUGGCGGUAUCUUGAUGUGACAAAAAUUGAGAGGCUGAAAAUGGGUUUUUGCGUGGGGAAUUCGGGAAUAGGGAAGUAUCUGAGUAAUUUUUUGCAAUCAGGAUCACCGAAAUAUCUCACGGAACUUCAUUUGCAAAAUUGCCACUUGAGUGAUGCAGAUCUCUGGAGCAUUUUAAAGGCUCUUGGUGGUGGUCAGAUGCAGGAAAUUAAUUUGACACAGAAUCCUCUGACCACUCUGUCACUAAAAUACUUCCUGACAACGAAUAUUUCUGUCAAGUAUGUUAAUUUCUUGGGAUGUGAGAAAAUUCUCAGUAAUAUCAAUUUAUUGGAGGAACUUCCACCACAUGAAGGUGAAUUGCAUCCGGAAAAAAUCAGUCUAUACGGGAAGGGAAUUGAAGAGGAAGUUAUUGAGCAUUUGAAGAAAGUCUGGACAUCCUGCUGGACAGAAAAAUACGCCACAGUUGAGAGAAAAUCCAACACAAUCAUUCUUUCAAGAAUAUAAUUUUUUUGUUUGAGGAAUUGUAAAGGUUUGUUUUAUUUUAAGCAAUAACUUUUAAGAAUUGUCCUAAAUGUAUAAAUCUCUGUAAUGAUUCUUCAAUUUUUUUUCCGUCAAAUAGACAUUAUUAAGAUGAAUCAUUUUGGGAAA